GUGUUUAAAAGAAAAGUUAAAACUACAUACAAUUUUACAAAUCACUACUAUAGGAAAAGGAAACUUUUUUGGCAUUAGGAGAUUUGGUGGUGGUUGCAUGCAUAUGAUUGGAACGCGGAUGAAACGUAAGGUCCACUCUAGUAUUUUCGAGUUCAAGCCAUCAGAAAGGUUUUCAUUACCGUACAAAAGUAGCUGUGUCAGCCAUCGCAUAGAGGAUAAUGAUUAUUCCGAUGUUUUUUUCUUUGAAGUGUAUCAGACGAAACGCUUUAGUAUGUCUCAAGAUGUUUACUAUUUUCAAAGGCAAUUUCAAGUUAUGUGCCGCUAAAAUCAAUCCCACAACACUUCCUUCCUUCCUAGAUCCUGUAAACUUUGGGCUCUUACAACCUGUCUUCCCCUCUAGCGACCUAAUCCUUUCUCCCUUUCCCUUGGUGGGGCCUAACAGUAGGCUUAUGAGCCGUUCCCUAGCAUCAUGAAAAAAAUUGAUUGAACAAAUGCUUAAUGUACGAUGAACGUCAUAAAGGUUCUUAGAUCAUCAAAAAGUGUCGCACCUUAUAAAUUAAUGUACUAUUAACAACUUUUGAAAAUGUCUGGCGGGAGAUUCUUCGGACCAUAUGUGCGAUACUAUAUUAUGGCAUAAAAAUCAUACAGAAGGCGCAGCUGUGUAGUUGUAAACAACAGUGGAACGUUAGAAAGGUUUCAACCAAAUUUUGAUGGGUGCACAAGAAAGCAACUUCUAUAUGUCGAAUUAAAGUUGGUCAUAAAUUUCAGGCUAGUUGGCGAUCUUGAUUAAAUAUCAGAUACUGAUAUAGAGUUUAAAAUUGCACGCCAACUGGAUUUGACAUCAAGACAUCAAGAACAACUAGGGUGGAAAUAUGCAGUGUAUAGUGUUGCUAUGAUCGUGACAACAUGCUUGCGAUCCAAUGAAGACAUUCAACAUAAAAAUACUGAUACGGAAACAAUUGAUCGAUUUCAGAAUCUUGGAUCCUUAUUUAACAACAAAGAUACUCGAUGAAACAAAAUAUGGAAAGUGAGAAUAUGCUGACAGGAAAUUGUAUUCUAUGGGCUGGAACAUGGAAUUUUUGCCAACUUUUUGUCAAAGAGGCAAAAUUUGCCUUUGAGAGGAAAUGCCAUCGAAUAGCCGAUGUGAAGAAAGACGAUGGGUUAUUCAAAAUUGCAAACAGAAUAAAAGAGACUUUUGUUUUGCACUUAUUCACAGGAUAAAAGAGCAAAAGUUGAACGCCAUUAUGCAUGAAACAGCGGAAAAUACUGAUAGAAAAGAAAAAAACAACAGAAUGGCGUGUUGAGCAAGUGGACUGGUGUGACAGAAAACAAAGGACUGUGAAGACGAUCGUUGAAAGACCCAAGUGCCAGAAUGGUCAGGCGUCUAUGGGAGUGACACAACAGAGCAUGAAUGGUUGGUUAUUCUUCCAGUCAAAAAUUGCGAGCGAAGCCACCCUGAACAAUUUUUUCUCAUCUCCGUUUUUACUUUUCUAAUAAUCAAGCCUCCCUGCAUAUCAAAUUUGCUAAACACAUUCAUUUUGCAAAUCAACAACUUUUUGAGCUUGUUCUAUUGGCAUUACGCGCAGAGUGUUUUGCAUUUCAAAAAAACAGUAACUGAAUGAAUGACAAAGACAUGCACUUUUCCUUAGAAGAAUUAUCUCGGUCCGGGUGCUAGACUAAACGUGAAUUUUGAAGCAAGUUGAAACAUCUUUUCAGCCAUAUUAUGCAAAAAAGUUUCUUAAUUUGAGCAUUAGCUGAAUUUCUGAUGUUCAAGGCAGGUGGUUUUGAGAAAACGCCACUCUGCUGCAGCAGGAUCUUAUAAAUGUAUCAGUCAACAGCUGAGAGCGAAGCAAAAGAUAGACUGAGAGUUUUUAUACAGCACACACACACUGAAACAUCGUGCAAUCUAGCCGAGAUCUUUCUGGAAAUUAUCCAGAAAGACCUGCAAAAGUCUAUUCUCUAAACGAAAGUUCUACCUUUGGUUUAGCAACAAAUUUCGCUAUAGAGUUGGAUGCGAACUUUUGAUGAUUCAGCAUAAUCUAACCAAGGCACAUUACAGAUAAGCAUCUGGAAAUCUAAAGGAACGGUUUCGUUGCAGACAACUGCAGUGAGGUACAGUUUGAACAGUCUUAAAGCCAAAAAUAUGACAUACAUGAUCUACUAGCAAGCAGGUAGAAGCUUUUUUGACUGGAACAUUCGAAGCUUUUUAUUGCAUUGUAACUUUUAAAAGCAAUUCUAAGGAAAGAUCAUUGCAGUAACUUGAAGAGAUUUCGAAUUGCAAGUAGCGCGUUGGAAAUUCAUGUGCCAGUUUAUGAAGAGAAAUCUUUUGCAAUGCAGAAAAACACUAGCAUUUUUUAAUCAGCGAGCCGUUUUACAUACCAUAAUAUAGCUUAUUGAAUCUAAAAAUGGACAAAAAACAAAAAUUGAGAAUCUUGAGAAAAUAAUCCGUCGUAAGUAUAACAAAUGGAGACAUAAAAACAACAUCUUUUGCUAGAAAAGAACGCAGUUUAACAAUUUUUGCCGCAGAGAGCAUUGAAACAGUACACAGUGUUUGUUAUAAACAAGAAAAAUAAUGCAGUGAGGCUAUGCUAGAAAUUGCUUCGUUUCUUUAACAAAAAUGUCGUCAAAGUGGAUUUCCUGGCUAAAAAGGGUUAUUACUUGCUUUGACAAAUAAGCUUCAUUUCGCUGAUUGCGAGACACCGAAGAUAUUUUGCUACCGAAGGCGGAUACUGGAGUCAAUCCAUAUUGCCAGCUGUACGCUUUUCGACUUCAAGAUUCAACUGAACGACCCAGGGCUAAUUCUAUCUGCAUCAUUCUAUCUUCAAGGCCUCUUUUGCUGUUUUCUCGGGAUAAAUCGAAUCGCAGCUAACAUUUGUAGCUAACAGAAGUGUUGGAGUGACAUAUUUGCAUACAAAAGAAGAUGAGCAGGAUUUCAAAAGAUCGACUAGUUUCAUCGUCAUAUAAAGGAGCUCCUUUCUUCAAUGCCAAUAGCGAUGUUCAAGAAUUUGAAAUCGUUGGUAAGAAGAUUGAUCUGGUUGAUCGAAAAAGAAAAAAACAAGUAAAAUCAAUUGACGCUUCACUAUGCUCAGACAUUGACAUGGAAAUUUGGCGAUUCAAAGCGACACAACAGGAGAACAUGCAACUGAGAAAACUAAGGUCACUAGGCACAACACAAGAAUUUGACGCACAAGCAUUUGGUGAAGGAUUGUACAAGGGCGAGCAGCUGGUGAACGCAGGAGGGGAGUAUAGUUUGGAAGGCGCUGGAGAGAACAGUGGAACAAGACAGACAAGUAAAGGCCUUGAAUCUCCGGAAAAGCGAAGUUUAUUAUCGAAGAAGAGUCCGCAAAUUAGGAUAUCUUUACCAUCUGCGCAUAUACGAAAUCCAGGUGACCAGACUGGUGACCUUGAUGAAGAUGGCCUAUUCAAAGAGAAAACGUACAUGGUAUGCCAACAGUCGUCUUCCAAAGAAGCUAACUGGCGAACCACAUGUGUCAAUUUUCCUAAAGACACUUGGAUGCUAGAGCGGAGACGCCUCUCACACAGGCAUUCAAGUCUUGGCUCAACUGUCUCACUUUCAUUUGCUCGACUUGACCUCGCUUGCAAGACUCCGGACCAGAGCCUAAUGUCAACACCAAUAAAUGGCGGAUACUUUGUCUUCCCACAAAACAAGGACAAUUGAUUGACAAGUCAUAGGUCAUAGGGUCAUAGGGUUUAAGUUACUAUAUAAACAAGAGGAACUAAUCAUUUAUUUAGUCUUUUCAUGCUAAAUAAGGUAAUUGCUAAAUAAAAGCAAUGUUUUUAUCUAGGCAAAAUUAAUCUUUACUUAUGUGAAGACUUUUAUGCAACAUUGGCUAAAUGAGUUCACGUUUACAUUGCAAGAAAUUCUAGGACUGUCCAGUCCUUGGGUCCUUGUUAUUGGGCUAUUCGAAAUAUCGUCUAACAAAUAAAAUCAGUCAGCCAAUGAAUAUCUGUGUGACACAGAAAGAUGUGACAGGUUAUGCAGCAAUAACAGAUCCAUACCCAUGUGGUCAUGCCAACACUUGUUUAAAAAACCAAACACUAUCCCUACCAGGGCAUAAUGACGGAGGGGGAGGGAGCUACAGCCCCAAUCAGACACAAAAUUUUUCAGUAAAUUUUGUAAUUUUUCACUGCUUUAGCAGAAUUUUUAGGAAAAUGUUGUCUUCAGCCUUGCCCCAAAAAUUAUCUUCUGCAGUGCCCCUAAAAAGCAAAUCAACCGCUAAAAGUUUUUAGGAAAUGUGCUGUCACCCUUUUCACUAGAUGGCCUGCCUGUCUCCAAAAGUGAGCUGUUUACAAUUUUUCACCAAAAAAAUAAUCAUACAAUAUUUUUAAACUGAAUAUUUGUUUUGAGCAAGAGCUAACUAAAUAGUAGAACAGGUAACCAGAUAUUGAUUAUUCCACCUUGCGCAGACAGCCAUACAAGAAAAAAUAUGCAGUUAGCUAGAGUGAUUGACUCCUGUAACUAUUAUUGAGUGACAAAUUCAUAUAAUCUUGAUUGCCAAACCAUUUCCAGCAACUAACUAGCUACCUAACACACUCCUGUAGUCUUCCAGGAGAUUCAUAGGAUCCAUAAUUUUUCAAAACAGAUUGUCCUAAACCACUACUAAAAUCCACCUAAACCCAAAGAAUAAAAAUGAGUACAUUAGCAUUUGGUAGAAAGUUAUCAGUUGGUGGAAGAGAAAGACUAAAUCAAUUCUUUAUAGGGGAAAUGGAGUCUUGUAAGUUUAUCUCAUUCUCAAGAAGAGGUUAAUUAAGUAACUUA